AUGGGUUGGAUGGUCAAAGAACUGAAGUACGUAGCAAAUACUUACUAUGAUAUUUACAGAGGAAAGUCUUCUAAUUUUGAAGUGUGGGACUUUGGAAAGCAGAUCUUGAGUGGCCUCUUAUACCUGCACAAACACAAGCCAUUUCCAAUAGCUCAUAUGGAUUUAAAACCGGACAACAUACUGCUGGAUGAAGGUCAGAUUCAUCAUCGAGUGAAACUUGCUGAUUUUGGUCUAUCCCUGCCUCUGAGUCAGGAUAACAUAAAGACUUACGGCGGACAUGCUCGUUGGAUGGCACCAGAAUUGUGGCUCAGCCAAACCUCAUUGCAUCCACAGUCGAAAGAAUUAUGUCUCAAGAGUGAUGUGUUUAGUUAUGGUCUUAUCUUGCUGUUUCUAAUUACUGGAAAGACACCUUGGCAUUCUAUUACUGACCUUGAUUAUCCAACUGCCUCAAGCAGCAGCAACAGCGGCAGAUUGAAUUCAGCAUCAUCAGCAGAAGCAGCAGUUCGAGUGAACCUCCAGACGAAAAAAGACUUGAGAUUCCAGGAAAUCUUGCACCCGAACUAUUAG